GCAGCCGCUGGGCAGCGGGAGACGCGGCGGCGGCGGCGGCGGCGGCGGCGGCGGGGGGAGUCUCGCGAGGGUUGGAGUUUUGGCGAGAGUUUGUGGAAGAUGGCGCCUGUUGUGACAGGUUAUUGAAAUUAUGAGACUAUCAAUUCAAAUGGAAGCAUUUAGUUCUUCGGAACCGUUAUGAUCUCAAAAGCAAAGGAGAAGGUACAGAUCCACGGUCUGAGGUGUUGUGAGGUUCUUCAAAGGGUUCCAGCGUGGCUAACCUUAACAUGCUCUUGAAGUGCUAUGGCGUGGAUUAAAAGGAAGUUUGGUGAGCGGCCUCCACCUAAACGACUCACUAGGGAAGCUAUGCGAAAUUAUUUAAAAGAACGAGGGGAUCAAACAGUACUCAUUCUUCAUGCAAAAGUUGCACAGAAGUCAUAUGGAAAUGAAAAACGAUUUUUCUGCCCUCCUCCUUGUGUGUAUCUUAUGGGCAGUGGUUGGAAGAAAAAAAAAGAACAAAUGGAACGAGAUGGUUGUUCAGAGCAAGAGUCUCAACCCUGUGCAUUCAUUGGAAUAGGAAAUAGUGAUCAGGAAAUGCAGCAGCUGAACUUGGAAGGGAAGAACUACUGCACAGCCAAAACAUUGUACAUAUCUGAUUCAGACAAGAGAAAACACUUCAUGUUGUCUGUAAAGAUGUUCUACGGCAACAGUGAUGACAUUGGCGUGUUCCUCAGCAAGCGGAUAAAAGUCAUCUCCAAACCUUCCAAAAAGAAGCAGUCAUUGAAAAAUGCCGAUUUGUGCAUCGCCUCAGGGACAAAGGUGGCGUUGUUUAACCGACUCCGAUCCCAGACAGUUAGCACCAGAUACCUGCACGUAGAAGGAGGAAAUUUCCACGCUAGUUCACAACAGUGGGGAGCUUUUUACAUUCAUCUCUUGGAUGACGAUGAGUCGGAAGGAGAGGAAUUCACAGUUCGAGAUGGUUACAUCCACUAUGGGCAGACCGUUAAACUUGUGUGCUCAGUUACCGGCAUGGCACUUCCAAGAUUGAUAAUUAGGAAAGUUGAUAAGCAGACAGCAUUACUGGACGCAGAUGACCCGGUUUCACAACUCCACAAAUGUGCAUUUUACCUUAAGGAUACAGAAAGAAUGUACUUGUGCCUUUCUCAAGAAAGAAUAAUCCAAUUUCAGGCCACUCCAUGUCCGAAAGAACCAAAUAAAGAAAUGAUAAAUGACGGCGCUUCCUGGACAAUCAUUAGCACAGAUAAGGCAGAGUACACAUUCUAUGAGGGCAUGGGCCCUGUCCUUGCCCCCGUCACUCCUGUGCCUGUCGUAGAGAGUCUUCAGUUGAAUGGUGGCGGUGAUGUGGCAAUGCUUGAACUUACAGGACAGAAUUUUACUCCAAAUUUACGAGUGUGGUUUGGGGAUGUAGAAGCCGAAACAAUGUACAGAUGUGGAGAGAGCAUGCUCUGUGUGGUCCCAGACAUUUCCGCAUUCCGAGAAGGUUGGCGAUGGGUCAGGCAGCCAGUCCAGGUCCCAGUAACUUUGGUCCGCAAUGAUGGAGUCAUUUACUCCACCAGCCUUACCUUUACCUACACACCGGAACCAGGGCCGCGGCCACACUGCAGCGCAGCCGGGGCCAUCCUCAGGGCCAGCUCCAGCCAAGUGCCCACCAGCGACUCACACAGCAACAGCGAGGGCACUUACACGAGCGCCAGCGCAAAUUCCACCAGUGUCACGUCAUCCACGGCAACCGUGCUGUCCUAACGGCCGUCUUUUUGCUAGGACUUAAACUGACUUGAAUGCGGCAAAAAGUUGACAGAAAAAGCAAGGAUAAAAUGAACACUCUUUUGUGGUUUCUUAGGAAAACUUUUCAUACCAGGUGAUCUGUUCAGAGCCCCAUUACCUGCAAGUGCUGGUGUGAAUACAGAAGCCACAGUAAAAUGAAAAGCAUCCACAUGUACAAACCGUUGGAAAUCAAGGUUUGCGGCUGUCUCUCUCACACACACCCCUUUUUGGUUGGUUUUUGUUUGGUGUUGAUUAAAUGGUCAAGAAGUAGAUACGUGGCUGGAGUACAGGCUAAGCUAGAAGACACAAAUCUGACAUAGUUUGUGUGGACCAAGGGGCUUGCAUAAGCUUUAGUAAAAGGUACAUUUUCACCAUGCCUUUUUUUGUAUCACAGUAUGUAGUACACCUUGUUACCGCUAGGUUGCACUCUCCACCCCUUCGAGCCUUGGCUCUAAAGUACUUUCAGGUUCAAGCCUGACCUUGCUUGUUCGUUCAAUCUGAGAACCGAACACUUCCAGGCUCUUUCGGUCUAAGGCUGGAACUUUUUUUUUAAGCUGAAGUCUUAUGACUUUUUCAUAAGUUGGAAUUAUUUUGAUUUCAGCAAGUCAAAUUUUGUAAAGGCCUGCAUAUUUUUUUUAAGAUUAUAUGAAGUCUGUGCAAAAGCUUUAAAAAUGCCUCUGCCUUGCCUGCAAUACAUGCAAUGUAUGUUAACUUAGUCUAUUCUCAGAUACUGUUAGUAGUUAUUUCUGUUUUCCUUUUUUUAAUGUAUUUAUAGUGGUAAUCCAAGAGGUCCUAACAGUUCUGUGGAGUUCCGUGUGGCCAUUUAGUCGUUCCUGAGUUACCAUUUGAAGGUUUGCUCCUCUUUGCCUGUCUAUCAGUUUGUCUGUGUUCCAGGGUUUGUUCAGGUGUCCCUCCUCCUCCCCCAAAUCUUGUACAUAACUUGUAUUAUGUGUAAGUUAAACAUUUUAUCUUUAACUUGGAAUGUUCCCAGUGAUUACAUUUAACAGGGUGUUUCCCACCUUGUUGGCAAAUGACAAAAAGAAAAAAAAAAAAAGAAAAAAAGAAAGAAAGAAAAGAAAAAAAAAAUGUAUCAUGAAAAUUAUUUGCUGCCAAGAUGAUGCCCUUAGGGUAAAAUGAGGAAAGUCUCUGCAAGAAAGAUGACCUAUUGUACUUCAUUUCCCCUUUUUUAGCCUAGGCCAGAACAUCAUUAUAAUUCUAAAUAUAAGAUCACAAGAUGGCUCUUUUUAGAUGAUAACUAAGUAAAUAGCCAGAAGACAGUACCUUAGAAACAGAUAGUUUUAAGUUUAUAAAAAUACAAAUGUAACUUAUAUUUCCCUUCCCCCUUUGCCCUUUGUUUUUCUCCAGUAGAAAUAUUCUGUCCAGUUUUUUUUUUUUUUUUUUUCCCCUUUUCUCUUAAGCUUUGGUUGCAUUCGGGUUUGUGUGCUAAUGUUGCUAGUUUUUCCUGUUUCCAUUCCUGCACUUUGGUAAUGCCUUGUUCAGUUUGUUAGGAUUGCAGCAGACUCAUCUGGCUAGUUUAGUACAGGGAGCAUGUGGGCGAUGUUGAGGGACACAGUCUAGUGAUGCUAUCCUCCUAUGUAGAGUGAAAACUACCUCUAGAUUGUGGUUAGCUUUUACUGUCCCUUAAAACAGGAGCCGUGAGUACCUUCUGAUGCACACUCUCAUUUCUGCGGCGUUUUUGAUGUCUUCCUGACUCCCUGGACUUGUGACAGUUUUCCUGUAGACUCGUUAAGAACCCUUUGUCAGGAGUAUUGUUUUCCACCCGCUGCUUUGUCUUGUCGGCCACCGUUUCCGGAGACGGUGACACUGUAAAUGCCACUUUGAACAUCGAUCUGUAAACUGCCUCCUCCUCGGUUUUUCAGGGGGCGGGGGGAGGUCAUCUGUAAAACGUGUGCUGGUUAAAUCUGUUGCUGCAGCUUCCCUUACCACCAGCCUCCCCCCCCCCCCCCCGCAGGCCACGCUGCAUUAGCUGUUACAGCCGUUUCUCUUCAGAUCUGCUGCAGGCAGUGCCCCCCCCCCCCCAGUCCCUUCAUUCGGUGGCCAGGGGCAGCGCUCACUGUGGCCUUACCUACCUUUGCAGUAACUGUCCUCGCCUUUCCUUCAGAGCUGCUUCGUCUCAAGCACCACUCCUCAGUUGCCAUGGAAGCAGGGUACUGCAGUCUGUUCAGAGCCUGAGCGGUCACAGCUGCUGCGUGCUUGCCCAGGACACGAGUCUCCUCCUCCUAGAUUUGGGAUUUAGUUAAGACAUCAAGUCAACCGAGAACAGGCGAGAAUCUUUCAAAGAACAAACUAUUCCUUACCCAGCUUUGUAGCUUAAAGUAACUGUUCAAGUUCAUGGCUUUAUUAAAAUGAACUUUGACUUUUUUAAUGUUUAUAUCUUAUUUCGGUUCUUUUGUUUAUUUGAAUAAGAAUUGAAAUAACUAGACUAUAAGUCGUUUUCCUGUUUUCUUUCUUUUUUUUAACAAAGUCCAAGAAUGUAACAAUAAAGGCAUCUUUCCUAUGGUUCUGUGCCGGAGUCCUACCACAGUAUAGGAUGAACUGAUUUGUCUGUUUACCAUUUAUUGAUAGUUCUUUUGUCAGCUGCUUUUAUUAAAAGUCCUUUCUGUGGGUUUGUAAAUCAUUUUCAGUACAUGAUGUAUGGGAGUCUGUCCACCAUUUACUCGGAAUGUUUCCUCCAGAUGCUGCUGCUGCAGAUGCUGGGCGUUGACUGUCUCGAAGUCUUCUUAGAAGUGAUUCCUUCAGCUGCACUGCGUGGCUCUGUGUUUCCAUCCCCUUUAGAGUGAAUGUGCACAGCUUCUCAAAACAUGCCUAGAUGUAGACCCUGAGACCCAGCAUGGUUUUUAACCCCUUCCAUGUGUGCAGAGGUUGGAAGGCAGGCCAGAAGCUGAGAAUGCGGGGCGCCCUUUGCGUGAUUGCUGCUGACCACCCUUAAACUGUGGCAACCUCCUCGUGUACGCCGGGGUCGAAUCCAGGGCCACAAGCAUAUUUGCUAAGGCUUUUUGUUUGUUCUUUCAUGAGAGAGGGUCUCACCCAUGUAGCCCCUCAGGCCAUUCUUGAGCUUUGCUGCCUUAGCCUCCAGGUGCGGGGAUGCUGGGCGUGCUGGGCAUGCUGGGGAUGCUGGGCAUGCUGGGCAUGCUGGGGGUGGCCGGAUGCCUCCACUGCUUUUGUCUUUAGAGAAACUGGUCUAUCUGUCCAACCACAGGGAAAUUCCAGUGUGAUUUUUAUUAACCCAACUAGUUAUUUAAUCAGAAAAUCUGUUGGUGGGGGCAUUCCUAUUUUGAAGAAAAUGCUAUUCGAUUGUUAACCAAGCUAAUGGACAUUGUUUUCCAAAGCAGCUGUGUUUCUGGUGAGUACUGAGCAAAAGUGUGAUUUUCUGUGUCACUUGAUUAUUUUUCAAGCACUGUAACUUGGGAUGGAUGGUUAGAAACAAUAAUAUAUUAGGGUUUCUACUUAACCCUUUCAGGACUGAGCUGUAUCACCUGUUAAUUUCUCCCUGUGUUGUGAUAAAUGUUUGCCAGCAUUCAGUACUGCGUCGGUCCCAAUGUGGGUUUAUGUAAAAGCUCAGUUAGCUUAUUUCUUGUACCUUACAGCAUGCUCUACACAUUCAGUCCUCAAGGGGUUACAUUACAAACUGUGCGCCUGUAAGGGUUAUUAGCAAUAAAAUAGAAAAUUGAGCAAGUUUAUACCAUAAUUUUGUAGAAAAAAAAAAAAAAGAAUCUGCUCAAUUCCAUAUUUCAUCCAUGAAAAAUCUGCAAUACGGGCAGUUUCUAGGAAUAAAUAAAAAGCAAAUGUAAACCAU